GUUUUUGGAGGAUGGUGCCAUCCUUGGGAGCACUUGGGAAGCUAGGAGGAAGGACUGGGUUGGAAGGAGAGGGUUCUGAGUUUGCUUCGGGUCUAAGUGUGAGGUGCCUGGAAGAUGUGCAGAAGGCGGCUGGUAGUGUGGCCGCACCAGGCCCAAGAGUCAUCUUCCAAGAGAAGAUCAUUGAAUCCAUGAAGCUGAUUGUGGGCGAGAGCGUAGAAAGAAAAGGGAGAAGCCUGGGACCGAACAGAACCUUGAGAGUGCUGGAAAGGGCCUGGCCGGUGUGGCUAGACUGGAGAGUGCUGGGAAGGGCCUGGCCGGUGUGGCUAGACUGGAGAGAGCAGGAAGCCGAGGCGGGGAGAUAAGACUGGAGAGGCAGCUGAGAGCCAUGUCGCCGACGCCUUCAGUUCCAUGCUGAGGAAUGACUUGUAGCCGACAGAAAAGAGGGGGUCCCGGGGUCAGGCCCCUCUGUCCACUCCAAGCCCAGGGGACUGGGGAGGUAGUGAGAACGGUGCUAAUUGGAAGUGAACUCUUCACUGCUCAGAGUCCAGUGGAGACAGCUGCCUAUCCUGUUCUCUCCCUCCCCUGGGGUGGGGGCCGGCUUAAGGAAGGGGGGAACUUGUGGAGAAGGGAGUUUUCACUCCCCCCUUACCAGAGCUGGCUGUCUACCUUAUGUGGGGCACUUGUCCCAGUUGGGCUGAUUCCCAGAGAGCUCAUUUAUUUCCCUUGUGGAGGCUGGAAGGCAUUGUUAAUAAAGAAUGGCCACAUUAAUAAUAGGAGCUGAUACUUCCCUGGCUCCUUUAUUCCUGGGAGCUCAAAGCUCCUUAUAAAUAGGCUCAUUCACAUAUACUGCUUCCCUCAGGUUAUUCCCAGGAGUUGACCUUCAGGAGGAGCAGAUGGAGCUUUUGUUCCCCCCCACCUACCAAAAAAACUAUUACCUGGUCAGGCAACUUCCAUUUCCAACACUCUCCUUCCCACCCUGCCCCCCCCAACACCAGUGAGAAUGGAUAGACAUUAGUGCCAGGUGAGGCCCGAGGCUGGCAGAAUCACCCCCAACUGGCUGCACCUGUGAGAUUGAAGACUCAAACCCAGGCCUAUCCCAGUGUCUCCUUUAUGGAGGGGGUGAGGGAUCUAAGACCCAAGGCAUUAUCUGCUGACCCCCCACCCCAUGCCCUGCAUUGUACACAGUGCCAGCAUGAAAAGGGAGAAGUAGCAGCUUCCCCCUGCCCCUGCCCCAAAUAGCCUGUCCAUCCUAGGCUCAGCUCUGCCAUAUUGCUCCCUCUCCUUGCCUAGGCUUUGCCCUGGUGCCCUUUCCCACUGGUACCUAUGGCUGACCUUGGGUUAUGCGGCUGCUCUUCCCUGGGCUCCUUCUCCACCUUCACCUUCGUCCAUGCCUGGCACCUGGAGGGGGUAGGUGCCCAUGGCCUCCCAGGGCUGGGCCACCUGAGGCUGCUGCUUUGGAAAGCUGUAGAAGUCGGCCAUUUGCCAGGGCCCAAGUUCUGUUUGAUCCUCUUUCUGCCACUCGGUGGCCUGGGAGGAAACGGAAUUGUAAUCGUUAGACAUCAGUGGGUCUGAAACGGUCAUCAGAGAAUCUCUCGUCUACCUCCCUCAUUUUACAGAACAGGAAACUGAUCCCCCGAGAGCUCGAGCGAUUGGCCCAAGACCCCACAGUUAAGAACCCAGAGAAAGGAAGGAAAGGGAAAGAGCGUUUGUUGUUCCCUCUGGGCGAGGCUCUGUACCAGGUCGGACUCCUGGGCCCUUCUCGCUGUGGAUAGGGCAGAGCUCUCACAUCCCCAGGCCUGGUUGUGGCCCCCGCAGGCCUCUUGCCUUGCGUGCCUCUGCCUAGUGUCCAGUGUGGGACCUUAAGGUGGAGCGAAGCCAGCCCCUGCUGCUGGGCCCCAAGAGCCUCUGAGGGCCACUUUCUGUGCCCACCAUCUGCCGCUCUCACCAUGGAGACCUUCUUUAGGAGACAUUUCAGGAGCAGUGGGCCGCGCCGGGGGAGCGGGGUAGCCCUCCCCACAGGCAAGGUCCGACGGCGAUCCCCGGCCGGCCAGCCUUCCCCCUCACUGGCCCAGCGGAGACGCUCCAGCUCCCAGCUUGAGGGCUGCCUCCUCAGCUGCGGGGGCAGGGCUUCCCGUCGCCGCCCCAGCACUGCUCCCCCAAGCCACAGCCCCCGUUUGGCCGUGGAGCAAGGCCCACCCCAGAGAAUGGCACCAUCCGCUAUUGACACUCGCCUUCUGGGGCCCCCUCUACUCCUCGCUGGUCUCAUGGGGAGGAAUGAAGCAGAGGAAGAAGAGGCAGAGGUACCGGGGCUAAGGACCCCUCAGGCAGGUGGCAAGGCACUGGCCGCCACCGGCUCUCAGCACCUGGGCAUCAGGCCCCGGCUCCACGUGCCCCGAUGUCUCCGGCGACGCAGGAGAUCUUCCCACCUGCUCCCCGCCGACGUGAUGUGUGACUGCACGGUCUGGGGCCUACACGGCUACUACCGACGUCUCAGCCAGUACCGGCCCCCGGGCCAGCACCUCGUCCCCGGGGCCUCUGCCAGCCCACUCCUGCUGGGCCACCUGCGCCCCCUGUCCCGUAGGCGGCAAGUGGCUCUGAAGCGCAAGCCCUCCGGACCAGAGGCCUGGAGCUCUCUGCUCUCGAAAGCCAUUGCCAAGUCAGGUCUCCAGCAUCUGGCCCCUCCAAACCCCACCUCUGGAGCCCCCAGCAGCGAACCCGACAGGCAGAUCCGGAGCACUGUGGACUGGAGUGAAACGGCUGCCUAUGGGGAGCACAUCUGGUUCGAGACCAAUGUAUCUGGGGAUUUCUGCUACGUUGGGGAGCAGUACUGUGUUGCCAAGAUGCUGCAGAAAUCAGUGUCUCGACGAAAGUGUGCCGCCUGCAAGAUUGUUGUGCACACGCCUUGCAUUGGGCAGCUGGAGAAGAUUAACUUCCGCUGUAAGCCAUCCUUCCGGGAAUCAGGGUCCAGGAACGUGCGGGAGCCAACUUUUGUGCGUCACCACUGGGUACAUCGGCGGCGCCAGGAUGGCAAAUGCCGACACUGUGGCAAGGGUUUCCAGCAGAAGUUCACUUUCCACAGCAAAGAGAUCGUGGCCAUCAGCUGCUCAUGGUGUAAGCAGGCAUACCACAACAAGGUGUCCUGUUUCAUGAUCCAGCAGAUUGAGGAGCCCUGCUCUCUGGGGGCCCAUGCUGCGGUGGUCAUCCCCCCCACCUGGAUCCUCCGGGCCCGGCGCCCGCAGAACCCACUCAAGGUCAGCAAAAAGAAGAAGAGGGCGUCUUUCAAGAGGAAAUCAAGCAAGAAAGGGCCUGAGGAGGGCCGCUGGAAACCUUUCAUCAUCAAACCUACCCCAUCCCCCCUCAUGAAGCCCCUGCUGGUGUUUGUGAACCCCAAGAGUGGGGGCAAUCAGGGUUCUAAGAUCAUCCAGUCCUUUCUUUGGUAUCUCAACCCACGGCAAGUCUUUGACCUGAGCCAGGGUGGGCCCAAGGAGGCGUUGGAGAUGUACCGGAAGGUGCACAACCUUCGCAUCCUGGCGUGCGGGGGCGACGGCACGGUUGGCUGGAUCCUCUCCACCCUGGACCAGCUGCGCCUGAAGCCCCCGCCACCUGUGGCCAUCCUACCCCUCGGCACCGGCAAUGACCUGGCCCGGACCCUCAACUGGGGUGGGGGCUACACGGAUGAGCCGGUGUCCAAGAUCCUGUCCCACGUGGAGGAGGGCAACGUCGUGCAGCUGGACCGAUGGGACCUGCGAGCGGAGCCCAAUCUGGAGGCGGGGCCUGACGACCGGGACGAGGGGGCCACUGACAGGCUGCCCCUGGAUGUCUUUAACAAUUACUUCAGCCUUGGCUUUGAUGCCCACGUCACCCUGGAAUUUCAUGAGUCUCGAGAGGCCAAUCCAGAAAAAUUCAAUAGCCGGUUUCGGAACAAGAUGUUCUAUGCUGGGACGGCCUUUUCUGACUUCCUCAUGGGCAGCUCCAAAGACUUGGCCAAGCACAUCCGAGUGGUGUGUGAUGGCACAGACCUGACCCCCAAGAUCCAGGACCUGAAGCCCCAGUGCAUCGUCUUCCUGAAUAUCCCCAGGUAUUGUGCAGGCACCAUGCCCUGGGGUCACCCCGGAGACCACCAUGACUUUGAGCCCCAGCGGCAUGACGACGGCUACCUCGAGGUCAUUGGCUUCACCAUGACGUCACUGGCUGCUCUCCAGGUGGGCGGGCAUGGCGAACGCCUCACCCAGUGCCGGGAGGUGGUGCUCACGACGGCCAAGGCCAUCCCGGUGCAGGUGGAUGGGGAACCCUGCAAGCUGGCUGCGUCCUGCAUUCGCAUCGCCUUGCGCAACCAGGCCACCAUGGUGCAGAAGGCCAAGCGGAGGAGCUCUGUGCCCCUGCACAGCGACCAGCAGCCUGUCCCUGAGCAGCUGCGGAUCCAGCUACGCCGGGUCAGCAUGCACGACUACGAAACCUUGCACUACGACAAAGAGCAGCUCAGGGAGGCCUCCGUGCCGCUGGGCACUGUGGUGGUGCCAGGGGACAGCGACCUGGAGCUCUGCCGUACCCACAUUGAGAGGCUGCAGCAGGGGGUGAGGAGGAUGACGGAGUUGCGGGCAUGGGGGCCGGGCAGUGGGCCAGCGCCUCUUUGCACAGCACAGCUUUUCUCUGGUUUGCCUCCACCGCUCUCCCUGUCCCACCCUUUCCUUUAUGCCCACCCCUCACCUUCCCUUCAUCCCGAGCAGGAACCCGACGGAGCAGGAGCCAAGGCUUCAUCUGGUCAGAAACUGUCACCUAAUUGGUGUUUCCUGGAUGCUACUACAGCCAAUCGAUUCUACAGGAUAGAUCGAGCCCAGGAACAUCUCAACUACGUGACUGAGAUUGCACAGGAUGAACUCUACGUGCUCGACCCAGAGCUGCUGGGUACCCCUGCCAGGCCUGCCCUCGAGGCCCCCCAGAGCCCCGGCCCCACCUCUCCACUACCCACAUCCCCCAGGCCCAGGCCAGACCGAGGAGAUGCUGUACUCCUGAAAGGUGAAGGCUUAAUAGAAGCUGCUGAGAGAAAUGACUUCUGUAAGUUCCAAGAGCUCCACCGAGCAGGGGGAGAUCUCAUGCUCCGGGACGAGCGGGGCCGAACCCUUUUGCACCAUGCUGUCAGAGCUGGGAGCAAGGAGAUCGUCCGCUAUCUCCUGGACCAUGCCCCGACAGAAAUCAUUGAUGCUGUAGAAGAGAACGGGGAGACGUCCCUCCAUCAAGCAGCAGCCCUGCGCCAACGUACCAUCUGCCACUACAUCGUGGAGGCAGGAGCCUCACUCAUGAAGACUGACCUGCAGGGUGAUACACCGAGGCAGCGGGCUGAGAAAGCCCAAGACACUGAGCUGGCCGCCUAUCUAGAAAACCGUCAGCACUACCAGAUGAUCCAGAGGGAGGACCAGGAGACCGCUGUGUAGCCCAGUGACCCCAGGAAGCAAGACGACGUGGCCCAGAACCUCCCCUGCUCCAGGACCAGGAUGGGGGGAGGGGGCCGAGUCCUUGGCCUCACUUGUUCACACUGCUACAUUCCACUGGGCCAGGUGGACGGCACCGUGGGGGGCCCCGCCUGGGGCCUGCACGACGAGGACGCGAGGCACACAGAGACUGGACUCAGAGAGCCUGGGGCUACAGCCCACCCUGCCCCCAUCCUGUGCAUGUUCUCUUGCCUGGCUUUUGAGCCCCAUCUCUAUCCUGGAGGUCGCAGCCUCCAGCCCUGACCAGGAAGGUUGAGGGAGGGGCGUUGCCCAGCCAGGAGAGCCAGUGACCCUGGCCACCGCAGCCAGUUGUAGUCAGGACUCUGCCCAUAUCCCAGCCACUGUCCCCGGGAGGCUGGACACCUUCCUCAACUGCCUUAGUGAGAAGGAGAUCCUAGGGCAGGGGAGAGGGUGACGGAGGGAAGUGAGUCUGGGCCUGAAGAAAUGGGAUGAGUCGAGGGAGGGUCAGCCAGAAGCUGUGAGUUGAGAAGGGGUCCAGAGAAGCCCCGGGAGGGCAAGGGAAAGCUACUUCCUGGAGCCCGAGGCAGAUGAGGGGGGAGGUGUUCAGUGCUGCAGGCAUCGCCUGGUUCUCCUGCCCUCUGGAUCCCAAGCCACCCUGCCCACUUCAGCACCUUCCUGGUAGAGCCUGCCGCCCACCCCCCCCCCCAUUGCCUUUAGCACGCCAAACCAUUUCAUUGCAGACAGGGCAGUCCCUGCCCAAGGCAGGGAGAUUCAUCCAGCACAUGGGGGGGCGGGGGGUGCCCAGGGAAGCUUGUCAUGGUGUCAUGUUUACAGCCUAGCUGGGUGUAACUCAGUAAAAUGGAUGUUUUUUCCUAA